CGGAAUUAAUUUUUUGGUUUCAUCAAGUCUAGGCAAAAGAUUUCCAGUUGAAUUCUUCUCCGGUGCAAGUUAUUGUGGGGGUGGCAGUUUAUGUGGGUCGGAGGUUUUUCUUUAAUCACCCACCCCCUCACUUUUUCUUCGUCCUUUUCUUUCUACCUGCGUUCUCAAUCCAAAUAAUUCGUGCGCUAUUGGAUUUUUUGCUUCGGAUCGAAGAUUUUUGCCACCGCACAGUCCAUGUGAAUUUCCACACAAUUUGGUCAAAACAGUGCGCUGUGGUUUCAAUCUGUUGAAUUUGAAUGCACUGGAGUUCUUCUUUACAGGCAAAAAGAUGGCAUCUUUCAGCGGUCUAAUAAUCGGUUUGACCUUUUCGGUAGGUUUUAUUGUGAUGGGUAUUGCCGCAGGUUAUUAUUUGUUCUAUGCCAGGAGGAGAAUCCAUGGCGGCGAGAAGAACAAUCAAGAAUCCAAAAGCUCCAAUGGGGUUUCUCUUCUUCUCCGCUGCAGAAUUUCCAGGAAAACAGAGGCAGAAGAAGGAGGAGGAGAUGGAGAAGAGGUCAACCCAGAGAUUGACUUGGAGUUGAGGAAGAGCAGCGAUUCGCUGCUCAAGGGUUUAGGAGAAGAGAGUGUGGAAGCAGAGCUGAUGAGGCUUCACAACCUCUGUGGGCCUCCAAGAUUCCUCUUCACCAUUGCUGAAGAAACCAAUGAAGAUUUGGAAUCUCAGGAUGGGAGACCAAGAAACAAGAGCUUGAGUGACCUUUUUACCCCCAUGUCCUCACCCCCAUCAAAGCCCCUUCUCCACUUAGAUUCCUACAACCCGCUCUUCGAAUCGUCCACGGACGCGGAGAUCCAUCGGCUGAGAUCGUCUCCCCCGCCCAAGUUCAAGUUCUUGAGAGAUGCAGAGGAGAAGCUGAUCAAAAGACUGGUGGAGAAAAGUUGCCCAGUUCAAGAUUUCACCUUUAAUCCCCCUGUUGUGGCUGAUGAGUGUAAAGUUGGUUCCUUUAUGUCAUUUCUUGCUCAUAAGAGCAAAGAAAGUGAUCUUCAACACCAACAUUUACCACUUCACCAUUCAACUCCUUCACAGGUACUUCCAUUGGCUUCUUCACCUUGACAGGGAAUCUGAUUGUCCACAUAAAUUAACAUGGAAUGGGAUUAGGCGAUUUUUUAGUUCUUUGUUUCUUGUUUUAACCAGAUUGAUUGGUGCCUAUAAUUCUUUCCAAGUAUGUAUCAUAUUUCAGUUUCUUGAGCAGAAAUUUGGUCAUCUCAGGUUGCAAUUGUAACAAGUUGAACCGUGCCAAUUGAGUCACGGUUCACGGAUUCAAUUGGCGACCCGGUUUGGUGGGUUUGCUUUGAAAUGGUUAAAAAAUAUAUCCAAUGGAACAAAUGACUCAACCCAAUUGUAUAUAUCUGUAUGGAUCAAAUUGAACCAGCUUAGCCAAAAAGUUUAAUCCAAGUAGGAGAUUCAUGAAAGAUUACAUAUUUUAAAAUAUGAUAGAAUAAAGCAAAUUGACUCAUUAAACUGUCUGCGCUUUU